AUAUUGCGAGGUCUGAGUCAAAGAUAAAAUGCAGAUGGAAAAGGCAAGUCUUUACACAUCGGUAUAGAAAUAACCUCCUCAGAUUGACGGGACAGGUCCCAGGCUCCGGCUUCACCAUGACACGCAGGCUGGCUGCGCUCUGGCUGACUGCUGCGGCGCUGAUGCGGACUGCGGAUGCGGUGGGACCUGUGGUACAGUGCGGACCGUGCGACCCGGGGGCGCUGGAGCAGUGCAAGCCGCUGCCGGCAAACUGCGUGGAGAAGGUUCGGGAGCCGGGCUGCGGCUGCUGCAUGACCUGCGCCCUGGCAGAGGGAGAACUUUGCGGCGUCUACACCAGGAGGUGCGGCGCCGGGUUAACUUGUCAGCUGCAGCCCGGAGAGGCGAGACCCCUCCAAGCUUUACUGGAGGGACGGGGAGUUUGUUCCAAAACAGCCUGGAAAAAACCGCCACGUUUACCGCCUGCGGGUGAACAAGAUGGUCCGGAGCACCCCGGCCUGACGGAGGAGCCAAGCGGUGCCAGGACGGCCACCCCAGAGCCCAGGAUCGUGACCAGGGCGCCGGAGCUCAGGGCCCCCCACCUUAACCCCAAGGCGGAGGUCAUCAGGAAGGAGCAGACCAAGAAAUCCCAUAGCUUCAAAGUCCAACCGGUCCCAGAAUAUGAACACAAAGAGGUGCACAACUUCUCUGUGGACUUCAGGCGGGAGCUGGAGUAUGGUCCAUGCCGAACUGCGAUGAUAAGCAUCAUGAAAAGGCUGAAGGUCUCAGACACCCUCAACCCAAGACGUCUCAGCAUUCCCAACUGCGACAAAAAAGGCUUCUACAAGAAGAAGCAGUGCCGCCCAUCCAAGGGCAGGAAGCGAGGGAUAUGUUGGUGCGUGGACAAAUAUGGGCAGACCCUUCCGGGCUUUGACGGCAGCAAAAAGGACGGCACGCAGUGCCAAGGCCUGGAUAACAAGUGAGAGGCAGCGUCACGUGACUCAGGACCAGAGACAUAAACUUUUGAAGGAUCUGCCUGCCUCUCCCACACCAUUGGCCGGAUCUCCCCGGCCAAUGGAUUUGCAGGCCGGUGGAGGUUGGGGGAGUCAAAAUGAUGUCUUGUGUAGACAAAGGGUGUCAGCUCACUUUGCUGGAGAGGGAAAGGUCUCAACCCCAGCGGCUUCAUUAAGAACAGGAUGCUGGGUGUCAGUGGGCGCGGCAAACAUUUCCUGCUUAUGAAAUGGCAGCGAGGAAGCUGACAGAUGCCUGCCUGCGUCUUUGUGCUUUCGGACCCCUGUGAGUCUACGACCGGGAACUGGGAUGGUCACACGCCAGAUGGUUUCAGAGACUGCUGCAUGUGGCACUGGUUGGAGAUCUUGGCUAGGUGCCACCCCCCCCCCCCCCCCCCCACAACACUUCUCCUGCCAAAACGCCAGAGGGGGUCAAGAUGCAGUCCGGUGACAGUGGAAGAUACAGCCCCUGCCAGCUCUCUGCACUCCGACCUCGGUCUGCAGCAGACGGCAUGUACGAUGUGGCCGACUCGGGCUGUCCGUUAAUUUUUCUGUCACCUUAGCAACACACGACUGUGUCCCCCCACACCUACCCCAGCCUGUCACUUGACUUUUCACAAUUUAAUUGCUUUAAAAAUACAUGUGCUGUAUAUUUGUGUGUGUGUGUGUAUAUAUGUAUUAUAUAUACAGAAAUAUAUAUGUAUGCUGGUAGAAAUGGUCCUGAACUGUAAUUCUCUAGCUACUUCCUGUCCAAUUAGCCGUUAGGGAAACGCAGUGGUUCACUGGAACUUACCAUCAUGGAAACUAAGCAGGACCCACCUAGUGAGGGCGAAAGGUUCAGUUUGUGUGUGUCAUGCGAGAGUUGCAGUUUACUGCAACUGGAAUGGGAAACCCCCUCGCUUCAGAAACCUACAUGUACUUCCAGUCUGGGUUGGAUACCCGCUGGUGUGUGAGCCCAUGGUUUUAAACCCCUACCGCAUUACCAUGUUGUUUUCUGUGUGGGGAAAACCGGACUUGGGAAACAUGGAGGACCCGUUCAUACUCGCUGAGGGCCCUCCUUCAUCUUCCCGCCUCUCAGUUCUUCUGUUCUUUUGCUCGCGCAACACAGCAGCAGCGAACUGGCAAUAAAAUCACCUGUAAACCAGAAA